CCUACUCCAUGCUCCUCCCCAGGCACAGCCACAGGUACUACCUCCACCAUGGGCUCACAGGCCCCGUCCCAGGUUCCCACGCAGACCCUCAUCUUCUUGGAUCUGGAGGCCACUGGCCUGCCCUUCUCCCAGCCCAAGGUCACGGAACUAUGCCUGCUGGCCAUCCACAGAUGUGCCCUGGAGAACCCCCCUGCCCCCCAGGGGUCACCCCAUACGGUGCCUCCACUGCCCCGCGUGGUGGACAAGCUCUCCCUGUGUGUGGCUCCGGGGAAGGCCUGCAGCCCUGCAGCCAGCAACAUCACAGGUCUGAGCACAGCUGCACUCACAGCACACGGGCGUCAAUGCUUCAACGCCAACCUGGUCAACCUGCUCCGAGCCUUCCUGCAGCGCCAGCCACCGCCCUGGUGCCUUGUAGCACACAACGGUGACCGCUACGACUUCCCUCUGCUCCAGGCAGAGCUGGCUGCACUGGGCCUUGCCAGUGCUCUGGACGGCGCCCUCUGCGUGGACAGCAUCACUGCCCUGAAGGCCCUGGAGCGUGCCAGCAGCCCUUCCAAGUGUGGCCCAAGGAAGAGCUACAGCCUGGGUAGCAUCUACACACGACUUUACGGACAGAGCCCACCAGACUCACACACAGCUGAGGGGGACGUCCUGGCUCUGGUCAGCAUCUGUCAGUGGAGGCCACAGGCCCUGCUGCAGUGGGUGGACACUCACGCUAGGCCUUUCAGCACUGUCAAGCCCAUGUACAGUGUUGAAGUCUCCACUGGGACCAACCCAGGGCCAUUGGCUGCAACAGCCACCGUACCCCAAGGCACAGCCGGGAAAACCAGUCCCAAUCUUGAAGGGGGCAGAAGGCUGAAGGGUCCUCUUCCCAUGGAGAGCCCUGGAGCCUCACCCAGGGAGGGGUUGCUGGCCCCACUGGGCCUGCUGGCCUUCCUGACCUUGGCAGUAGCCACACUGUAUGGGCUGUCCCUGGCCACACCUGGGCAGUAG